AUGUUUAAAACAGAAAUUGAAAAGGAAGUCUUUGCACUUAAACCAAUGAAUUGCCCAGGACAUUGUCUUAUGUUUUCAUCACGUCUUCGUUCAUGGCGUGAAUUACCAUUACGUAUGGCUGAUUUUGGUGUUUUACAUCGAAAUGAACUUUCGGGAGCGUUAAGUGGUCUUACACGUGUUCGAAGAUUUCAACAAGAUGAUGCACAUAUAUUUUGUACUCAAUCACAAAUAAAAGAUGAAAUUGAAGGUUGUUUAGAUCUUUUAAAACAUGUUUAUGGUAUAUUUGGUUUUACAUUUGAAUUAAAAUUAUCAACACGACCUCCAAGUUUUUUGGGUGAAAUUGAAACAUGGAAUCGAGCUGAAAGUCAACUUGAACAAGCUCUUAAUUCAUUUGGUUAUCCAUGGAGAAUUGAUCCAGGUGAUGGUGCCUUUUAUGGACCAAAAAUUGAUAUUACUAUUCGAGAUGCUUUACAACGAGCUCAUCAAUGUGCAACAAUUCAACUUGAUUUUCAAUUACCUCAACGUUUUCAACUUCAAUAUCAAACAAACGAACAAGGUGAACUUCAAACACCGGUUAUUAUUCAUCGAGCUAUAUUAGGUUCAAUUGAGCGUAUGCUUGCAGUUCUCACGGAAUCAUUUGGUGGAAAAUGGCCGUUCUGGUUGUCACCACGUCAAAUGGCUAUUGUACCUGUUUUUCCAUCGUUAGAUUCCUAUGCUCAUGAAGUUCAAAAGAAACUUUGGCUUGCUGGUUUUCAAGUUGAUUGUGAUUUAGAUUCAGGUACAACAUUAAAUAAAAAAAUUCGUCAAAAUCAACUUGCUCAAUAUAAUUUUAUUGGCGUUGUUGGUCAAACGGAACAAGCAAAUGGAACAAUUAAUAUUCGUACGCGUGACAAUAAACAACAUGGCGAAUUUUCAAUAGAUGAAGUUAUUAAACGUUUUAGGGAACUAGCUGAAACACGUACAAAUCAUGCUGAAGAUGAAUUUGCUGGAUCGUCCAGUGAGAGUAAUGUUGCUGGAGCAACAUCACAAUUAAAAGCUACAAAUCUCUCUGAUAGUCUCGACGAUUAG